CCAAACCAAUUUCACGCCACUUUCCAUCGAGCCCGCGAUGCCGUCGAGUGUGCGUCCCCCGUGCCGUCCGAGCGAGGAUGUGGCGUCCAACCAGGCCAACACGCCACCACUGGAUGUAAAGAAGCUGUCGCUUGAGCCCGAACAGGAGCAGGACCUUCAGAUACCGGGCACACCGCCUAUGGACGCUCAGAGCCGUCGCGUAUGGGGCGAUGACACUCCUCCCGCCAACCCGAACUUAACGGAGGCACAGCGUCUUGUGGAGCAGGAGAAACUGCAGCCUCUAGAGCAGCGUGCAACGCGCCACGCAGCGGCAGUGGUAACUCAGCGCCUUGUACGCUGCUUCAUGGCAAGACGCAACUUGGCCAAGCGACUCAGCGCCGUGGGGCGACCUGUGGAGCUACAGAUCACUCAGGUGCGCGGCCUGGAAAUGCUAUGCGACUUCCGCAACGUGGUGUCACUCUUCUGCAACGUACGCGUGCUUAAGAAACCCUUCGGACCGUUCAUGUUCCACUUUUCCUCUGAAAAAUGCACCAACGUGAAUUUACCCACCUGGACGGACAAGUUUUUUGUGCCAUUAAUGUCCAGCAAGUGCGACAUUGUCACCACGUUGAUCGGCGUCACAAACACUGGUAGAUUGCGGUUUCUAGGGCAGGCAAUUGUGGCAAUGGAGCCUGGAUGGGAACAUAACAGGACGUUCAGUGCCCCACUGGCCAAAUGGAAGUUCCCAGUGGAGGAAUCUAUCGUGGGACUCCAUCGCUUCGUAAAGGGCACUGUGGAGCUCGAGAUCACGCCCAUUUCGUCCCGUAUGCCGUGUAAAUCGGGUCAAUUCCUCUUGGCUCCUCCUGUUCCUACUCGAGGGCGACGGUCGUUCUCCUUGUGGUCCAAACAAGUGUCAAGUAAUGGGCUACUGGCUUCUCCAGCAUCACGGACGCCUAAGACGCCGGCGAGUGCCUCGCCACCAAGGAAGACGAUGGUGAUACGCUGGGGUGUGCUCACGGACACGACGUUCCACCUGUUCGACAAUACGACGGCCAAGCUGCUCACUAGCGUGGAUCUGGCUAAACUGCAGAUUAUCAAGUCCGACGCGCAGCCCAAGAGCGACCCGAGUCGACUCUUCCCUGUGAAAUUGUAUGCUAAGGGCACCAUGUACGUGCUGUAUGUGUCGAGCUACGCGCAGCAGCAGUCGUGGGAGUACAAGAUCAACCUGCACCGCCGUCAACUGUUAAUUCCGUAGAUGAAUUUGUGGAGUAGUUGUCGUUUG